UUGCAAUAGAUGAAACAAAAAAUAAUGUCACUAACACUUCUUCUUCUUCUAGUUGUAUGCCACACAACAACCAAUGCCAACACCGAUUUCACCUUCCAUGGCUUCCGAACCUCGAACCUGACCCUCUCCGGUGUAGCCGUGAUCAGACCCAACGGUCUUCUAGCCCUAACCAAUGGCACAAGACAGAAAACAGGGUUUGCGUUUUACCCAACCAAAAUCAUUUUCAAGAACUCAUCAACAAAUUUCUCAUCCAUGACCUCCUUCUCAACCUCCUUUGUUUUUGGGAUCAUACCCGAGUUCUCGACUUUAGGUGGCCAUGGAAUCUCAUUCGUAAUUGCUCCUCAACCCGGUCUACCAGGUGCCCUGCCAAACCAACACAUGGGUUUGUUCAAUAAAUCGAAUAACAACGGUAACAUCACAAACCAUAUUAUAGCUGUCGAAUUAGACACGAUGCAGAGUCCUGAAUUUCACGACAUUAAUGAUAAUCAUGUUGGAAUAGAUAUCAACCGACUCGAUUCUGUUUUGUCGAGAUCAGCCGGGUAUUAUUCAAACAAGAAACGUAGAUUUCAAAACUUGAAUUUGAUUAGUGGAAAACCUAUACGGGUUUGGAUUGAAUAUGAUGGUGGGAUGAAACAAAUGACUGUUACAAUUGCUUCAAUUAAAAUGAAGAAACCAUCUCGACCACUUCUAUCUUUAGAUCGAGACCUGUCUGAGUACAUCAAUCCUGAAAUGUAUGUUGGGUUUGCAUCAUCAACCGGUUCUGUUUUUACAUCUCAUUAUUUACUUGGGUGGAGUUUUAAAAUCAAUGGGAAAGCUUUAGAGCUUAAAAGUUCUAUGCUUCCAAAGUUACCGAGGAUUGGACCCAAAAAAGUGUCUAAGUUUUUAACAAUUGGGUUGCCUUUGAUUAUCAGUUUUGUUCUAGUAAUGGUCAUUGGAGCUGGGGUUUACUAUGUUAGAAGAAAGAAGAAAUUUGCUGAAGAAAUUGAGGAUUGGGAGCUUGAUUAUGGCCCUCAUAGAUUCAAAUAUAAAGAUCUAUACUUCGCCACAAAUGGAUUUAGUGACGAUGAAUUGUUGGGUACAGGUGGAUUUGGCCAAGUUUAUAGAGGAUUUCUAGCGAGCUCAAAAACAGAGGUUGCCGUGAAGAGAGUGUCGCAUCAAUCAAGACAAGGUAUGAGGGAAUUUGUGGCGGAAAUUGUCAGCAUGGGUCAGCUUCGACACCGUAACUUGGUUCAACUCAUCGGCUAUUGUCGACGAAAAAAGGAGCUAUUGUUAGUCUAUGAGUAUAUGCCGGGAGGAAGCCUAGACAAGUUGCUUUAUAACAAGUUAGGAUUCACUCUAAGUUGGAGCCAACGUUUCUUAGUCAUUAAGGGAGUAGCCUCGGGCCUUUUCUAUUUACACGAAGGUUGGGAACAAAUUGUUAUCCAUAGAGAUGUUAAGUCUGGAAAUGUCUUGUUAGACAAAGAACUAAAUGGGAAAUUGGGUGAUUUCGGGUUGGCCCGAUUAUAUAACCACGGGGAUGUUCCUCAUACCACCCAUGUUGUUGGUACAUUAGGUUAUCUUGCCCCGGAACAAAUGUGGACCGGAAAGGUAACCGAAGCUACUGAUGUUUAUGCUUUCGGGGCAUUUUUGCUUGAAGUUGCAUGUGGUAGGAGACCUGUUGGAUUUAAAGAAGACAAGUUUCGUUUAGUGGAAUGGGUAUUUUGUUUUUGGAAAAAAGGUUUGAUUUUUAAUGCGGUUGAUCCAAAUUUAGGUGGUGUAUUUGACUGUGAGGAGGUGAAAUUGGUGAUGAAAGUUGGUUUGCUUUGUUCCAAUACGAACCCUUUGGCUAGGCCAACUAUGAGACAAGUUGUGGAGUAUUUAGAGAAAGAUGUGACUAUGCCGGAGCUCUCGUCGUCAAUUGGAAUAUCGGCCUCCGGCCAUUCGUUUGGUCAUAGGGAAGGACUCAAUGAUUUGGACAUGUAUCCAUCUUCAAUGGAUGAUGAACCAUUCACUCAUGAAUCAUCUAUGGCUGAUUCACUUCUCUUUGGAAGUAGAUGAAAAUUUCUUCCAUUUCUAUGUGUUUUAAAAAAUUUAAUGGUCUUGUGCAUUACAUGCACAAUAUUUCUAUUUUUAUGCUUUAUCAUCCUUCAAACUUUAGUCAAAUAUAACAACUAAAACUAAUAAGUUUUAAAUUCAACUAUUAUUAGCACUGUAACAAUAUUUUUCGCUCAAUAAAGUAUAGAUGUGCUUUGAGGUA